AUGCUGGCGGUGUUCGAUCCCACGGUGGCCAAGUGCCCGGAGGGCCUCCGCAGCCCGCUGGUGGCCGGCGCGGCCGCUGCCGCGGCCGGCGGCGUGGGCGCGCUCAUGAAGGGCUUCUCCGCCUCACACGACGGCACCGUCACCGUCAGCCUGGGGCCCUCCGGCGCGCUGGCGUACUCGGCGGCCAACCAGAGCCCCCUCGUCCCUAGGUUGUUUGGUGCUGUGAAUGACAUCUUUUGCCUGUUCCAAGGGAACAUUGAGAACAUUGCCAACCUGAAGCAGCACUACGGCCUGAGCAAGACCGCCAACGAGGUGACUAUCCUCAUCGAGGCCUACAGAACCCUGAGGGACAGGGGUCCCGUCCCAGCCAGCCAGGUUGUGAGAGAUCUUAGUGGAAAGUUCGCAUUCAUCUUGUAUGACACCCUGUCGAAGUCCACCUUCGUUGCUGCUGACGCUGAUGGCAGCAUCCCCUUCUUCUGGGGCGUCGACUCGGAGGACCACCUCGUGUUCUCUGACGAUGCUGGGCUACUCAAGACCGGCUGCGGCAACUCGUUCGCGCCAUUCCCUAAAGGUUGCUUCUACACCACCUCCGGCGGGCUGCAGAGCUACGAGCACCCGCUGCACGAGGUCAAGGCGGUGCCGCGCGUGGACAGCCAGGGCCAGAUGUGCGGCUCCACCUUCAAGGUCGACAGCGAGACCAAGAAGAAGCAGGACGCCAGCAUCCCCCGCGUCGGCAGCGCCGCCGACUGGUCCAACCAGUUCUGACCGGCGGGCGGCGGCUUCUUCCACCGUCUUCUUGCUACCCAUUUCCACCGGCUGCUGUGAGGUGCCGAUCGGUGUAUCCGCUGAACCGCUGAGACGCUGAGUUCUGCUACGUUCCUUACGCAUUUGUCGAACGCUGUGAGACUCUCAGAUCGCUUUUUCUUAUCGUGGUGCUGAUACUAAUCAUACCGAGUGUCCCAGGUGGUGGUAGAUGUAUCUGCUAAAUCUAUCUCCCAUGUUUCAAUAAAGCUGAAUAAGAGGCUCACAUUUGGUACUGUGAAAUUGUAA